AUUUUAAAUCUGCUACUUUUUACUGUUAAAUUUAUUGGCAGCAAAUCCCUGUACAAACUCCGCCUAUUUCCUUGGCUGGAAAGGUAGCUAGAUUUUCACUUUUAAAACUCAAGACAGAGUCCUUCAGGGUGCUUGCAUAUCAAGAAGCGAGGAAAAGGCCAACAUGACAGCUGACAUGGCCAGCGGGUCACCGCCAGUGAGCGGACGCCGCGCGCGGUGCCUCCGCCCCCUGGGCAGCAUUAAGUUAUUCGUCCUCUGCCAAGGGCUGCUCCAGCUCGCCCAGCUCCUCGUGUCAGGCUACCUGAAGGGUUCCAUCACUACCAUCGAGAAGAGAUACGGCUUGUCCAGUCAAAUGUCAGGCCUCAUCGCCAGUUUCAAUGAGGUGGGGAACACGGUCCUGAUCGUGUUUGUCAGUUACUUCGGGAGCCGGGUACACCGGCCACGCUGCAUCGGGGUGGGCGGCCUGGUUGCCAGUGGGGCAGUCCUCCUCAUGGCCCUCCCACACUUCAUCAGCGGGCCGUACGAGUACAGCAGCUCCAUAAGCAACCCAGUGGACAACAGGUCCGGCUCUGGCCUGUGCUCUGCGCAGAACCAGACGUAUGGGACGUCGCGGCAGCAGAACCAGACGGAGUCGGGGAACCCCGAUCACUGGGCCGUGAUUCCCAUCCUGCUCCUGGGUCAGCUGCUGCUCGGCAUCGGCGGAGUGCCUAUCCAACCUUUCGGCAUCUCCUACAUCGACGACUACGCCAGCAGGAAGAACUCGCCCUUGUACCUCGGUAUAAUGUUUGCUGUGACAGUGAUCGGCCCGGCCUUUGGAUUCCUGUUGGGCUCCCUCUUGCUCAGGUUAUAUGUGGACUUUGACAAGCUGCCCAAGGAUAAAAUAGAGCUGACCAAUGAGGAUCCCAGAUGGAUCGGGGCAUGGUGGCUCGGUUUCCUGCUGGCGGCUAGCUUACUAUUCCUAACCUCGCUGCCAUACCUGUUUUUUCCGGCCAAGAUGCCAAAAGAGGACCCUGCAGAGGCUGGUGAGGAGCUCGAACCCGAAACCCUGGUCAGCGAGGCUACACCUGCUGAAGAUCAAACACUGCUGGAAUUCCUUAAAGCUUUUCCAAGGAUUGUAGUGAGGACUCUGAAGAAUCCCAUCUUCCUGCUGGUGGUGUUGGCACAGGUCAACCUGGCCGCCAUGGUAGCUGGACUCGCCACCUUCAUGAACAAGUUCAUCGAGCAGCAGUUCUCGAAGGCACCCUGGCUGUCAAACAUGAUUAUCGGUGGUGUUAACAUCCCUAUGGCUAUGGUGGGAAUUAUGGCUGGUGGGGCAAUCAUGAGAAAACUGCGCAUGUCGGUGAGGAGCUCCGCCCUGCUCUGCACUGUCGUGGUCUUCGCCUCUGUCCUCAUCGCCAUGCCGCUCCUCUUGCUCGGGUGCCCCACCCAAGACGUUGCAGGCAUCUUCCCCUCCAGCCCUCCGAGGCAGGACAUGUGGACCGCAUGCAGCCUGGAGUGUGCCUGCGAUCUGCACGCCUACAAUCCCGUGUGCGGCUCCAACGCUGUGGAGUUCCAGUCGCCUUGUCACGCCGGCUGCACGGACUGGGACUUUGACAAGAAGAACUAUACGGGCUGCAGAUGCAUUGGGGAGAAUGGUACCGGAUCUGCUCGAGGCGGGUCCUGUGGUACGCGCUGCACGCACCUGUUCCUCCCCUUCCUGAUCCUCUGUGCCCUGGCAGGUUUUAUGGCAUCCCUGUCCCAGACGCCUUCCUUUAUGAUGAUCCUCAGGACAGUAACACCAGAAGACAAGUCCUUUGCCCUGGGGAUACAGUUCAUGAUUUUUAGAGUAUUAGCCUUUAUGCCAGGCCCAGUCAUAUACGGAAGUGCCAUUGACACAACCUGCAUCCUCUGGGGGGAAAAAGGCAAGAAAAGAACGUCUUGUCGAUACUACAACUUGGACCUGUUCCGCCAAAGGUUCCUGGGCCUUCAGGUGUUUUUCUUGUUUGGUGGUUUCAUCUGCUUCCUGAUGACCCUCAUAAUCCUCCGAAGAAUAAAACGUCAAUUACCUCUCAACAGCCAGGAGAAGGGCAAGCUGGUCUCUGGAAUUAAGCCGAAUGACCUGCAGCAUGACGGAAAAUCAGGGGAGAUUAUGAAAAUGUGCCCUCCAGAAGUCUGAGGGCGCUAACUCCCUUGGGUGCCCCUGUAGGUGGGAUCCUUAAUUGGCUUAAACUCCAGCUUACCGUGGGACACUGUCUGCCUCCUUCUGCAUACUGAGCAAUGGUGCCACAGUACUGGCAGACGUCUGAGGUUUUUGGUUGGAUCUUUCCGAUGUUGUGCAGCAUUGCUUAGCCUUUCCUGCUGCAGAUGGCCAGACUAUAAUAUUGAAUUUGAACAUGAGGUGAGGCGCAUGUUAUCUGGAGGAGCUCCCAGGAGAUCAACACAGGUGAUACCGUCAAUGACCCAACGUGUAAAGAAUGUGAUAAGUAGCAGCGUGUUUUGUGAUUAAUCAUUUCACUGGAGCCGGUUUGUCUCUGUCUUUUGUGAAAAGUAACUUGUUCCAGACCUCCUCUCUACUGUUGAAAUCAACACUACGUUGAAUAUGAUGUGAAUCUGUCUAUAUUACAUUGCUUCAGUGGAGGUGACUUACAUUAUUACUCUUACAUUUAUGAUGAAGUUUAUAUAAAUAUAGUUUACAAGCUUUAAUUCGCUUACACUCUGAAUGCAAUGAAUUCUAUAUAAAUUCAGAAAUUCAGUGCAUGGACUUUAUCACAAUUCAUUACUUCUCCACUCGACGUAGCCAAAUGAGGAUUUCACGUUAUGAAAUUAAGACUAAAACCUUCAUACCAAACAGCAUUCACUGGUAAGAGAUUCAUCCACAUAUCUAGCUUGUGUAAUGUGUGUGUGUGUAUGUGUGUGUGUGAGCGCGUACACCUUACCUUAUGGGGGCACAAUGUCCCCACAACGUGAUGAAUACCUGUUUUUUUUCCUCCCUUAUGGGGACCAGUUUCCCAAAAUCUGUGACUGCAAUGAAAAACUAAAAAUGCAAAACUCUUGUAUUCUAUUUGGAUACUUAUGGUUAUGGUUAGGGCUGGGUGGGGGUUAAGGUUGUGAUAGUUCUCGUUAGCGGUUUGAAUGAACGGUCCCCAUAAAGAUAUGUUUACCAGACAUGCGUGUGCGUGUGUAGCUACAGCGGCCAGUUUUAACAAAGUGCAAUCACUGUGUUGUAAAUAAAUUAACCAAAAUAGUAAUCCAGCUUAAAAAAUGGAAGCAUGUACUUUUAUACCAGCAUUAGAUAUUCAUGUGUUUUACAGCCACCAAAGAAUUAAAAGUAUAUUCAUGCA